GCAGAAACACGUCAUCGCGUCUAAAGGGUUGUUUAGUGCUGAACUGCAGUUGUGUAUUCCGUCAAAUCAAAGGCACGAUAUAAAGUUGUUUUUGACGAACAUAAAAACGUGUUAGUUUGUCAGUCUCACGAAGUUGGAGUAAUACGAUUUUGGCUCAAAGAUUGUGCCUUUAUAUUUUGGGAAAACUAACGAAUAAUUUUUCACUUCUCAAAACCCAAACCCUGGCCCGGGUAUGGUCUGUUUCGCAAUCGUUCCUGGAUGUCUUGCGAUGUUGCACUUUAUGGUUAGGGUUUAAAAACUCUGUGAUUCAACCCUUCUCAAAUGACAAAAAAUAUAUAAUUAUCGUUAUAAACUGGGUGGUUCGAGCCCUGAAUGCUGAUUGGCUGACGUAUACCAUGCGUAUGACAAAACAUGCAUUUUUACUGCUCUAAUUACGUUGGUAACUAGUUCAUAAUAGCAACAAGGCACCUCGGCAGUUUGUGGUAUAUGGCCAACACAAUGCGGCUAAGGACUGUAUCCAGGCAUACCGCGUUGCCACUAAGAACAUCCCAUAGCGGUGGUAUAUUGGCUAUAUACACCACACCCCCUUCGUGCCUUAUUGCUUAAUUAUAUCAUAAUAUUACUAUUAUCAUAGUUGGUGAACUUCAGCAACCAGAAUGCUCCGCGAUAUUCUCACUAGCCAAUGAAUUGCAUCGAUAAACAAGUCCCGGAGCACUACUUAUCCAAUCAGAGAGGAGUUUGUUACAAGUUGAUGCCCAUGCUGUGUAGAAGAAGAAAAAAAACAUCAUGCGUUCUAACGUCGGCUCCGGUGGAGGUCAUAGACAGAACUGACAAAACAGGCUACAGACAUGGCGAAACUAUUUGAAUCCAUCGGGAAGUUGGGGCUGGCCCUCGCCGUUGGUGGAGGUGUUGUGAACUCGGCCCUCUUCAAUGUUGACGCAGGUCAUCGGGCAGUUAUAUUUGACAGGUUCCGGGGAGUGCAAGAUGCUGUAGUUGGCGAGGGAACCCACUUCCUCAUUCCCUGGGUACAGAAGCCUAUCAUCUUUGACUGCCGUUCACGUCCGCGCAACGUGCCUGUCAUCACAGGCAGCAAAGAUCUGCAGAAUGUGAAUAUCACACUGCGUAUCCUCUUCCGGCCGGUGACUAGCCAGCUCCCACGCAUCUUCACCAGCAUCGGAGAAGACUACGACGAGAGGGUACUGCCAUCCAUCACCACAGAGGUCCUCAAGUCCGUGGUGGCUCGGUUUGAUGCCGGUGAGCUCAUCACCCAGAGAGAGCUGGUGUCCCGGCAGGUCAGUGACGACCUGACAGAAAGAGCCAACACCUUCGGCCUCAUCCUGGAUGACGUCUCACUGACACACUUGACGUUCGGUAAGGAGUUCACAGAGGCUGUUGAGAUGAAGCAGGUGGCUCAGCAGGAGGCCGAGAGGGCCAGGUUUGUCGUGGAGAAGGCCGAGCAACAGAAACAGGCAGCCAUCAUCUCAGCAGAGGGUGACUCCCAGGCCGCCCUGCUCAUUGCUAACUCUCUGCAGGAGGCUGGAGAUGGCCUGGUAGAGCUGCGUAAGCUGGAGGCUGCUGAGGACAUCGCCUUCCAGCUGUCCCGCUCCCGCAACGUCACCUACCUGCCUGCCGGCCAGGGCACACUCCUGCAGCUGCCCCAGUGAGACCCACACCCUGACCUAACCGCCCCUCCCUGUGACCAGCAAAUGCAUGGGCCGUGGAGGGAAUGUGGGGCGAGGGGAAUGGGCGUCCACCUUUACACACUUUCCUCCCACUAACUAUGGACUGGUGAUAAUUUCAGCUUCUGAGUGUGGUAAAGUUCUGCUGUUUGGUCAGUGUGUGGGGGAGGAGGGAGCCUGAGGCUUGAUCUAUGGUAAACUACAUAUAGUAAGUUCUGUCAAAAAAAACAAAAUUGGUGAUGCAGUAAAUUAUAUUGGAUUUGUCUAGCAAAUUCAGCGCAGUGACCGAGGGGCCUGUGAUAUGACGAAGUUGUAAUUGUUAAUUUAGGGAAAGGGCUGUUUGGAAUAUCAUGAGAGAGAGAUGGAACAUUUUAGCCCUAUUGUAACCACCACAGCAAUCACAAUUACUGGGGAUUUAUUGAUCUGAGAGGACACGCUAUUUAAUCAACUGGAUUUACAUUCAUCUCAGUCAAUCAAACUUCCCUGGGUGAAUAAGAUCCUGCUACUAUACACCAAAGUAGUGUGGGAUCCAAAGCACCCUUGUUUUCCCACUCAUAACUUUAAAUGACCUACAAACAAAUGAUCUGAACUAAUCUAUCCAGAGCCAUAUAUUGUAAAUAUGACUCUGAAUUUACCCAUCCCUUUGACUGUCUAUUGUGUAGAGAUGGCCUGUCAAAUGUCCUCUCACAAGCUAGCUUUCCUAAAAUCCUCCCAGUUUGAUUGCCAUGGCAUCCCAGUGCUGCACUCCCCUCUACUUGAUUGGAUCCUCUACAGAAUCAUCUUUGGUUUACCAGCACGCUGUCCACACCACCUCAUCCAUGGUCCUCAGUGACAUGGCCCUCCUAGCCCAGUGGUAUGAAACGUGCCUGUAAGAUGGUCAAGGGUUGCAUCCUUCCCUCGUUCUUUUAAAGUAUGUCGUUGUGUCUUUAUUUUGGAGGGAGGAUAUGCAAGCCACCGCAUUCCACUCAAUGUCUCAACUUAACAAUAAAAUUAUUUCUACAGCAACGUGA